CUUACUUUGUCAAGACUUUUGACCGAGGAGGAAGCGUUCGGGUUGGGUGUGGAAUCAGAGGAAGGAGCUCCUUCAUUCCCGGUCGUGGAGGCGCAGCAGGGUGUGAAGGUGGGAGUCAAGGAGAGCAGCGGCUGCUGUAAUCUGACUCGCAGUGAGAGCAAUUGCAGCAGCCAUAGUGCGCGCCUUAUUGUCCUCUCCCGGGAUACCGACACCACCUCCUCCACUUCCUCCUCGCUUCUUAGUGACUUUUCCUCCUCUGCAGUCAGCAAUGUCACAAAAUUCAUGGGUGCCGAGAUGGGGAUUGGCCGGGGCUUUUGCAGCAGUGGGAGGGGAUGGACAGUGGAGGCGAAGGGUGUUGGGGAGCUGGUGGAAAAAGAUGUGCUUUCAAACCAGCUGUUUGCGGAUGGCAUGGAGGGGGAAAAGAGUUACAAUGACUUCAUAUCUGCUGGGAAGGGGAGCGCACAGGGAUCGAGCGAGGCUUGUGCAGCUGUGGGAAGUGGUGGAGCAUGCACUCCACCAAAAACAAGCAAUAGAAAAACCUUGUUUCAUAAUUCCCUUGUUUCGCCAUUCCCUUGUCUCGCCAUUCCCCUGUCUCGUCAUUCCCUUGUCUCGCCAUUCCCUUGUCUCGCCAUUCACUUGUCUCGCCAUUCCCUUGUCUCGUCAUUCCCUUGUCUCGCCAUUCCCUUCUCUCCCCACUCCCUUGUCUCGCCAUUCGAUUGUCUCGCCAUUCCCUUGUCUCGCCAUUCCCUUGUCUCGCCAUUCCCUUGUCUCGCAAUUCCCUUGUCUCGCCAUUUUCUUGUCUCGCCAUUCCCUUGUCUCGCCAUUCCAUUGUCUCGCCAUUUCCUGUCAAGGAAUCUCACACCUGUCUUCGCCCUCCUCCAUCCUCACCUCACUCUGUGCCAACGCCUUUCCUUGCUGUCAUGUCCCACCCAGCAGCUUUCUCUUUAUAUUCUCUUCCCCUCUUCCAUUUCUUCCAUUCCUUGCGUCUCCUGUCCUCUCCCUUCCCCUCUUCUCCCUUCCGCUCUUCUCACUUCCCCUCUCCUCUCUUUCCUUCACCCCCAUCGCCCAUGCUCCCCACAUGCUCUCUCAUUUCAUGCUCUCCCCCCUUCCUUCUCCUCCCAUCUUCCCUCCUCUCCCACACCACCCCAGGUGAUGAAGCGGGCGUCAGAGCGUGUGUUUGUGCCGCUCACAGUGGGGGGCGGCAUCAGAGACAUCACCUCCUCCCCAUCCUUCAUCUCCCAAUCCUUCAUCUCCCCCACGUCCCCCUGCAACCGUCCACAAGUGAUGAAGCGCGCAUCGGAGAGGGUGUUUGUGCCGCUCACAGUGGGAGGCGGCAUUCGAGACUUCACGGACGCCAAUGGCAGGUUGGGCACUCAUGCUCGUGGUGCCGCUGCUGAUGGCAGUUGA